AUGCCUUCUCGGAAACUCCAAAGCUCGAAAGUCUCCAAGCCGGGCUCCGCUUUCCGGCGAAUUACUGUCGUGAUGGCAGGGGACAUCUACCAGGGAAAUCAAAUUUCGCAGUGGGUAAAGAAGAACGGAGGUCAAUUUCAUGAGAAGGUGUCAAAGGCAGUCACACAUCUCAUCACGACUGAGCAAGCCUAUCUAGACGACGUACCGGAAGUACGAGCGGCGAAGAAUCUUGAAAAGAUCAAAAUUGUGUCCAGAGAUUGGCUCAUUUGCUCGCUUCAUGCGACUCCAGUCCGUCCAGUUUCCGAGACACCAUUUCUUCUGCAGAACAUCACCAAAUCGGUAAAGAAAGGCUCUGAAGCAAAGACCAGUGCUAAGCGUGCAGGCAAGUGGGAUCCCUUCAAUCAAACGAAAACACCCAUUGGUUCGAAGCGAGCUCGAAGUCAAAAUCAGGCCAACCGAGCCGUCUUUCGUGACCCCAGUACAGGCGCAGCUUGGGAUGCUACGCUGGUGCGCCAGGGCAAAGCCCCUCGCACGCGUGAGAAAAUCCGUCUAGCAAUCUUCGAGUCAUCCACCACUCCGAGGUCCUACUCAACUUGGACUAAGUACAGCCGCGUCGGAAUCUCUCGCGUCGAUGAAUUAACCUCUCCAAAAAGCGAUCUGGCAACGGCCAUCGGUAGGUUCAAAGACUUCUUCAAUGCACAUACUGGAAAGACUUGGGAAGACAGAGACGACGACAGUCCGCCAAUUCCCAAGAAGGAUGACCAGGGAAAUGUACUCCCGACUCACAACGGCUGGUACAUCUACCAGAGCCAGGAGAAUGUGUUUACCCGUUUUCUGAUGCAACCCGGUCCCUCAGUCGGAGAUUCCAGGCAAUCCGUGCCUAAUAUUCACCCAGCACUUGUUGCCGAAGGCGUAGGCGAGACGACAAUGAACGAAGAAACAUGCCUAGCCCCCCACAUUCCGCUGGCGGAGAACAAGCUUAGCAGCGAAGUCGCUCUGUCUGGCGGGGGUAAUCAGCCAGCAGGUCUCAAGGGAGUGAUCGAAGAGUCAGACGGAAUCAAGUCUAGAUGGAUUUGA